UGAACGCAGACAGCAGCAAGUCAGCAGCAGUUGGUUCGACCCGACUGGCAGCACGAGCACAAGGAGAGCAGAGGAGGGGAGCCAUCCAUCCCCAAAACCCCAAGUCCCGCGUGAGCAGCACCCACCCCGGAGCGGGAGCGACGGCCGGCGGCUCGUCCCCAGUUACAGACUUGAGGUCACAUUGGGUGCCUGCUGAUGACAUCCAACAUGAGACCGCUUAACAGCAAAAAGGGUGAGGUCCCUUCCCAUGGUCGUGAGAACUGUGGAGUUUCUGACCAAGCUUUUCAUGGCAAAUGUCAAAGCUGCGAUGGUGUUGGAAAACCAUCUUAUCCUAGAGCGAAUGGCGUUUCCCUGAAAGAAAGUGGAACAUGCAGUUUUAGUUGUGAUCAUGCUAAUGCUUUAUUAGUAGAUGGGCCCAAAGGUUCGCCAGCAAGGCCAGGACAUAUUGACAGCGCAGUUUGUGCUCAGCAUGGUUGUCUGCAUGCCAAGAAUGAAAGUUGCAUGCCUUGCAAUGAUCUGCAGCAAGAGUCUGAUAGAGAACAAGCUGGAGAUACCCUGGAUGAUCUGUUUUUCUUUAACGAUGAAGAGGAUGAUGAUAUUGACUGGGAACCUUCUGCUCGCCUGGCUGAAAACAGAUGGUUUUGCUUGAACUGUACAAUGCCAAACUUGGAUGAGGUUAAACAUUGCCUGAAUUGCCAUGAGCUUAAGGGAUCUGAAGUAGCUGCUGGAUAUGAUGUUUUCAAAACUCACAUUGCGCGGGCAGCUUUGUUAUCUGCUGACACAGCAUCGGUACUGGUAUCUACAGCGAUUGGUUUUGAUGAAAGAAUGUUGCUCCACAGUGAGAUGGAAAUUAAACCAAAUCCACAUCCAGAAAGACCCAACCGUCUUCGUGCAAUUGCUGCCAGUCUGGCUGCUGCAGGAAUAUUUCCCUCAAAGUGUGCCUUGGUACCUCCUCGAGAAAUCACUAAGGAGGAACUCGUAAUGGUCCAUACUUCAGAUCACGUCGAAAGCGUAGAGCAGACAAAGAACAUGCUUUACAGUUACUUCACUUCGGAUACUUACGCGAAUGGACACUCGGCAUGUGCUGCCAAACUUGCAGCAGGCCUAUGCGCCGAUCUUGCUAGUUCGAUAGUGUCUGGCCGUGUCCGGAAUGGCUUUGCGCUGGUGAGACCUCCUGGGCAUCAUGCUGGGGUAAAGCAAGCCAUGGGCUUUUGUCUUCACAACAAUGCAGCAGUGGCUGCAUUAGCUGCACAAAAAGCAGGCGCUAAGAAAGUCUUGAUAGUUGACUGGGAUGUGCACCAUGGCAAUGGCACACAGGAGAUAUUUGAAGGGAACAAAUCAGUUUUGUACAUAUCAUUACAUCGCCAUGAGGAUGGAAGCUUCUACCCUGGAACUGGAGCAUCAGACGAGGUGGGAGUUUUGGAUGGUAAAGGAUUCUCGGUAAAUAUACCUUGGAGCUGUGGUGGUGUUGGAGACAAUGACUACAUCUUUGCUUUUCAGCACGUGGUGCUUCCAAUAGCUACAGAAUUUGCCCCAGACAUCACCAUUAUAUCUGCAGGAUUUGAUGCAGCAAGGGGUGAUCCUCUGGGUUGUUGUGAUGUCACUCCUGCCGGAUACUCUCAGAUGACGUCCAUGUUAACUGCUUGCUCAGAAGGAAAGUUGUUGGUUAUACUUGAGGGAGGAUACAAUCUUCGGUCUAUAUCCUCAUCUGCAACUGAAGUUGUCAAGGUCCUACUCGGGGACGGUCCAAGUUAUGGCACAGAUGCAGCAGCACCAUCAAGGGAGGGCAUGCAGACUGUCUUACAAGUUCUGGACAUCCAGCAAAAAUAUUGGCCAGUUUUAGUUCCAAUCUUUGCAUCACUUCAAGCGCAGCAGGGGCCGACUUCUUCCAAAUAUGUUAACGCUGAAAACAAGCUGAAGAGAAGGAUGCUCACCGGAGGACCAGGGCCCGUGUGGUGGAAAUGGGGAAGCAAGAGGCUUUUGUACGAAGUACUGUUUGAGGGCCGCCGUCCAAGAAAGAGCAGUGCGAAAGGAAAAUGAAGCUCUGGCUGAUGAAACAAAACCCUAGGUUGUUUUAGUUAGUGAUGCUGAAGCCGCCUAACUGACUUUCUGGUCAGUAUAGUUGACAUGGAUAGUGUAGCUGGCUGUUUGGUGUUCGGAAAGAAGAUUACCUUAGCUUGCGUACACCGAGCCGAUUUUUUGACUGAACAACUGAACUGUGGCCGUUGUCAUUGUUGAUUGCCGACAGAGUUUCACAGGCAGCAAUCCUGUUGUGUAGACAUGUUUUUGGUGUUGUAGCAAUGCAUGAAAUUUGCCAUCAGCCGUCCAUGGUAUGAUGAUCCUGUA